UGUGUGCGUAUGAAAAUAGAAAUAUCAAAGAAAAAAAUCUCAACCAAAUAGUGCAGAAUAUUGCAAGAUGAAUUAAAACACUUAUUUCACAAAUGAAUUGCAAUGUGCAACAAUAAAAUUAAAGUAAACUUCAAAUUCCUAACAUCAUACAUUGUACAAAAUCGAUAUCUCGCUUAAAUCUCUUAAGUGCGUUGGUCAAGUUAAAGCGAUACAUUGCGGGGAGGGUCACGGGUUUCGUAUUUCGUGAAUGUGUGUGUGAUAUAUCAAUUGUUUCGGUUAUUAUUAUUGUUAUAAAUAAUGAAAAAAAGAAUAUGAUGCAUAUGUGGGAAUGCAGUUGAUUGUGAAAGCUUAACGCUGAGAUAAAAAAAAAAAAAAAUAAAAAAAAAAAAUAAAAAAAUGCGAUUUUCGGCAUAGAACUAAUAUAAAUGCGAAAAUAGUGUGAAGAAAUAUUUUCAACAAAUAUUUGAGUUAUAGAAAAGCGGCUAAUAAUUUAAAGUUUAAGCAAAAUGCAUUCGGUGGGCAUCCAUUCGGCUAUGGCCAUAAAACGUCAACGUAAACGACGUGACGAACAGAAACGAGCCCGGGAAAGACGUUACAGCACGCAGAGUUCUGAAAGUGGUGAAACAUUUCAUUCACCAAGCGGUUCCUUUCGACGUAAAUUUCACCAUGCACAUAGUGUUGCUAAGCCUGGGCCAGGCAUGCUGGACAGUCAGGUUGUCACAAGCAUUGGAAUGCUUCAUAUUGGUAUCGUUUUUAUAGUAUUUGGCGUAUUCCUUUGUGGAGCGGGCAUUAUACCUGAUGAAACUAUGUCCUGGAAUGUAUUCAGUAGCAGUUCCGCUUGGUGGAAUGAGGUCACUUGCACUGGACUUUUCUCGCUCGGCUUGGGUCUAUUUUUGCUCGUAUUAAAUUGUCUAAUAAGCCGCAAAGAAGAAGAAGAUCUCGAAGAUUAUGUACAGAGACAAUUAACUAGAUCGAGAUCUGGUCAUCGUCUGGAGCGAGAUGUGGAAACGGGUGUCCUCACUACACGUCAUGCACGCAAAGCUGUUGCUUUACAAAAGAACAUGCGCAAUGGAACUGCCACUGAUGUAGCACUAGUUAACAGCGCGUCGGCGGAGGAAGUUGCAAAUGGUCCGUUGACAGGGCAUAAUUGUAUAACCAACACUGGUGAUAUUGUACUUGAGAAAAUAGUAGAGGAGGAUAAUACAUAUAUUAACGAUCGUAGCGCUGGGAUAUCACCUAUAGAGAUAGAAAAUGAUACAAAACAAUUGCUUAGGCGGGAAUCAUUAAAUGAAACAAUCAAUAUAACACGAAUAUAAAAAUUAAUUACG